UGUAGCGGCCCGAGCGAGCAGCAGCAGAAGCGAGCCCCGUGCAAGAGCCCCCCUCCUCCGGGCAGCGUGUCCCCCUUCACCCGCUCGUCUGGCUACCUCCUCCUCCGCCUCCUCUUCCUACUCCUCGUCCACAAACAGUCACAUUUAGAACAGCAUGGUCAUGGCUGACAGUGUCCAGAAACCGCUGAUCCGGGGUCCGGUCCGAGUGGGCUUCUACGACAUCGAGCGCACUUUAGGGAAAGGCAAUUUCGCCGUGGUGAAGCUGGCGAGACACCGCAUUACGAAGACCGAGGUGGCCAUCAAGAUCAUCGACAAGACCCAACUGGAUGCUGUGAACCUGGAGAAGAUCUACAGAGAAGUUCAGAUAAUGAAGAUGCUGGACCACCCCCACAUAAUCAAGCUCUACCAGGUGAUGGAGACAAAGAACAUGCUUUACUUAGUCACGGAGUACGCCAAGAAUGGGGAGAUCUUCGACUACCUGGCAAAGCACGGCCGUCUCAGUGAGCCGGAGGCAAGGAGGAAGUUCUGGCAGAUCCUGUCGGCGGUGGAGUACUGUCACAACCGCAACAUCGUCCACAGGGACCUGAAGGCGGAGAAUCUGCUGCUGGAUGGCCACAUGAACAUCAAGAUUGCAGAUUUUGGGUUCGGGAACUUCUUCCAGCCCGGUGAGCCUCUAGCCACGUGGUGCGGCAGCCCGCCAUACGCUGCUCCAGAGGUUUUCGAAGGACAACAGUAUGAGGGCCCGCAACUUGAUAUAUGGAGUAUGGGGGUGGUGCUGUACGUGCUGGUCUGUGGUGCAUUGCCCUUCGACGGGCCCACGCUGCCUGUGCUCAGACAGCGAGUCCUAGAAGGAAGGUUUCGCAUCCCCUACUUCAUGACCGAAGACUGUGAGCACCUGAUCCGCAGGAUGUUGGUCCUGGACCCAUCAAAGCGUCUGUCUGUGGCCCAGAUCAAGGAGCAAAAGUGGAUGGCUCUGGAUAUUCCAGUGCAGAGGCCCGUCCUCUACCAGCAGCCCCUGUCUGCCGAGGGCGAGGCAGGUGUGGGAGAGUACAGUGAGCAGGUCCUUCGCCUGAUGCACAGCCUCGGCAUCGACCAGCACAAGACCAUAGAGUCUCUGCAGAACAAGAGCUACAACCACUUUGCUGCUAUCUACUACCUGCUGGUGGAGCGGCUCAAGGCCCAUCGCUGCAGCUUCCCCGUUGAACAGCGACUCGAUGCCCGCCAGCGACGGCCCAGCACCAUCGCCGAACAGACCGUCGUCAAGUCGACCAGUGCAUCAGCCCAGGUGGGUUUGCUCCCGCAGGGUGUUCGUCUGCUGCGCUCCCCCGCUGUACCCCAAGCCUCCUCUGAUGCUUUCACCUUCCCCCAGUCUGCCUCACCCCUGGAGCAGAAUUUCAUGGUGGAGGACAUCAACACACCCAAAGUGAAUGGCUGCCUGCUGGACCCCCUGCCUCCCCCCACUGUCCUACGCAAGUCCUCCACCUCGUCGCCUAGCAACAUGAUGGAGACGUCUAUCGAUGAGGGCAUCGAGACUGAGGAGCCCGACACGGAGGAAGAUCCGCACCACUUGCUCAUGGCCUAUCAGACAGCUCGGUUCGGCCAGCGGCGACACACCCUCUCUGAGGUCACCAACCAGCCAAACCAAGGUAAAUUAUUCACUCUAGGCCACAACCCUUCCAUGGGUAGCGUGGAAUCAGACAUGGGCUACGACAUGGGCUCCAUGCAAAGUGACCUUGGUCUGCUGGAGGAUUCCCCCUCUCUCUGUGAGAUGGUGCCGACCAACAGCUCCGCCCCUGGUGUCACUCCUACGCCGUACUUGAGCACUCGGCCCGCCAACCCAGCAAUGGCUGCCCUGACUUCCCAGCACAGGGAGGCUCACAACCGCUCCCCUAUCAGCUUCAGAGAAGGACGCCGAGCCUCCGACACCUCCCUCACCCAAGGUCUGGUUGCGUUUCGCCAGCAUCUCCAGAACUUGGCGAGGACCAAAGGCAUCCUGGAGCUGAACAAAGUACAGAUGCUGGUGGAGCAGAUGGGCUCUGGGGAAGGGUCCAUCAUGGGGCCCCUGGGACCACAACACCACUUGCACAACCUCCUGGAGGGUGAGGCAUCCAAGCAGCAGGAGGGCCUAGCUUUAUACCAAGGCGCGCCACAGCCGCCUCUCCUGUCCCGCAGACAGAGUUUGGAGACACAAUACCUCACUCAUAGACUUCAGAAGGCUAGCGUCCUCGCAAACAGUCCUGCUAGCUGCCAACUUUUCUGUAAGGAGACUCCUCGAAGUUUAGAGCACCAGCUGCAGGAACACAGACUGAACCAGAGGAGGAUGUACCUGCAGCAGCCACAGGGCAUGGGGCUGCAGACCUAUUUCAACCAGAUGCAGAUAGCUGAAGGGUCGUACCCUGCCCUGGACCUAGCAGCAUCUCAGAGUUCUCCACAGGGCCCCGCCAUUUCAGCCGCACAUCAGCCUCAGCCCCAGCAGCCAGGCAGUCCUCAGACCUCGCCUCCUUUCAGCCACCCCCUCAGCCUGAACCCCUUGAUGGAUCAGGGUGAGGGCCUGGUUUAUGACCCCUACAUGAGCCACCACCACUACACCCAGCACCUUCCUGCUGCGUCUCACCUCCACCACCAGCUUCACCAGCCUCAUGAAGCCUCUGCCAGUGGCCUGGGCUUCAGCUAUACCACAUGCUGUGAGCAGCAGGCCAUUGGCCCUUCAACUGAGGCUCUUCACCCAGAGCAGUAUGAUUUCCCGCUGGACCCCACCAUGCUGGUCCUUGCUCCAGGAAAGGCUGAGGCUGGAGCUGCUGGUGGGGGUUUUGCUGGUCCGGGGCAGUCAGACGGCCUGAACCUGCCCGAGCUGCAGAGCUCCCUCCUUGACAGUGAGAUGAUGGAGACUGUGGACUCCCAGCAUGGCUUCGUACUGGUUAACUAAUGCAAGCUGAGGGGUUUAAUACAAAGUGGUGUUAAGCAAUGAGAACCUACCUAGCAUUGAACCAGACAGAAUGGAGAUAUAAGUGGAGGCCAUAAGAGUAGCAACAGGGAAGGAAAUGUGUUAAUUUUUGUAUGACUAAUACAAACUUAAUUUCUUAGUUGUGAUGAACCUCAGACAACAUUUCUACCAAAUUCCUUCCUUAGCCUACCUCCCUUUCUCCUUCUGCUCCUCUGUUCUCCUUCUCAUCAGCCCUGUGAGGCAGGAACAGGUCCGAUACUUGGUGCAGCGUGAGAUUCGCCAACCUGACUCUGCGACGCCGUUGUUGCCAAGGAUGUUGUGCCACCGGCGAGGACUGCGCCGUGCAGCCCGGCGAGGGGGGGGGGGG